AUGCUUUCGACACUCGCAAGAGGAGCACUUGGAGGGUCCAGACCGGGAACGCUACUAGCGCCAUUGGCGCUUCGGUUUGCUUCUCUGGCGCUGGACUUGAACUACUACCAGAUCCUUGAGCUUCCUAGGAAUGCAUCCAUUAAGGAUAUCAAGGCUCAGUUCAGGAAGCUUUCGAAGAAGUACCAUCCUGAUCUUAACUCGCAUCUUUCAGAGGAGGAAAGGGAGAAGAACAACAAGAAGUACGUGGAGAUGCUGCUGGCGUACGAUACGUUGAAGGACGUCAAGGCGAAGAGGGAGUAUGAUGCAUCGUUGGGGCUCCGGAAGUCUCCUUCGGGCUCACACUCGCCUAAUCCUAACCAUUCGGAUUGGCAGAAUAAGUAUUAUGGCGAGGCAAAGUAUUAUUCAAAGGGUAAGGCAUCGGGGAGCUACUUCUCCAAGGGCUAUAAUACCAAGAGACAUAGGGUGCAUAACUUUUACGAUGGUUCGGGCGCUGAAAACAAGAAUAGUCAAUUUAAUGGCGCCCAUAGGAACUAUGGCGAUCGGUUUAGCGUGCCACAUUUCAAUUAUAACGAGCAUUUGGCCAAGCAUUUGAAGUUUGAGCAGAGGAUCAUUGAGAAACAGUUGACGCCAGAGAACAGAGAGGCCAUUAUACGGCAGCUUCGUAGAGACGGCGACAUCUCCAAAGUCAGUGAAGAGCUCAUCACUAAGCAUCUCAUGCGCCAGGCUCACGGGAACAAUAAUCUGGGAAGAUCGGUUUCUUCCUCUUCCGCAACCGCCCUGAAUCCGUACAUGUAUCAGGGACCACAGAAUGGAGGCCAUCACGAACAACUGGCCAGCUUGGGUAUGACCACGGCACUUGUGGUUGGCGGGCUCGGCUCUAUAUAUCUACUAUACAACGCUAUAGCGUGA